UUUCAAUCAAUUUCCGCGCGAAUGAUUACGAGGCUUUCGUCCAAAUUUCCGAUCGCUCGAAGUUCAGAGUCUAUAUCGUAGGUUCUCCCUAAAGGAAAACAUGGUGAAGUUACAUUAUUUCAAAAAUCAACGUUACAGCAAGCUUAAGGGACAAUGCGAAAGAGAUGAAAGACUUUUUGUGGAUCCUGAAUUUCCGCCCGAGACGAAAUCAUUGUACUUUAGUCGAGCGACACCUCCCGAGCACGUAGAAUGGAAGAGACCCAAGGUAUUGUAACAUUAAUUUUCAGUAGGGCUUUCUUUUGUUUGAGUUAUGUGGACUAACUAACGCUGUGUCUCGAUCUCGAGCAUGGCGGUGAUCCGAUAUGCGUCGGAAAAUACACAGACUUCUAACACAUUUAUCGGCUAUUGAAUUCAUUUAAAUGUGUUGCUGUACAUUGUGUUGCUUAACGAGAGCGUAGGUGAAAAGUUGGUUUAUUCUGCCUUUUAAAAUACCUUCUUGAACCCACAUUAUUUGGAAAGUGCUAUAUUAUUUGCGUUAGCCAACGUUAGACAUUAAAUUAAUACAUUAAUCCUUUAAUUUUGUUGUGUCUCCAAGCUCUUGUAAGGAGCUAUUUAAAAUUCUGGUGCCCGUACAUAAUACGUGACGUGUGGAACUUUCAAAACGAUAGAUUUUGAUUUGUUUUUUAGCUUCAUUCCAGCGAUAUUUUGCAAUCGUGGUGAUAUUCCGCUUUUUUUGUAUCCUGUCGAUGUACCAACGCAUUGUAGCUAUAUAGUUUUAUAGAACUUCUGGAUUGAUCUAGACAGUUAGAAAACAUAAACAUAUGUUAAUUAAUUGCCUCGUUAUUAUGUUAUCGCCACUUGAAGUAUCUGCUUUCGCAGUGCUUGAUGAGUUUUGCCUCAAACCACAGAGCCGAGAGAGAAAUUGAAGUUUUUGUUUUUUUUUUUCAUAAAUAUGAAAACUAAGUCAUAAGUGUUUUAUCGUUCCCCGAAAUGUACAGGCUUGAAAUGGUAUAUUGCGCUAUUCUUAGGCGCAGUUACGUUGGUUCGCGUCCAAUUCAUUUACAUAUAUUGCACCAUGAUCAAUUAGCUCCCUAUAGUGUUAUAGUGAAGCAAUACUAUGCUAUAAAUGAACAAAAACUGUGUCCUUUUUUAUACUUAAGUAAGAUAUUUAUUUGCGGGCAUUCUACUGUAAUAAUUGAAUUCAUUACACCCGAAGAACUUACCAGAAUGUGAACGCUCAUCCACUUCCUUCCCUACCCCCCCUUCCCCCCCUCAUUGCUAUUGAUGUGCACGCAUAUCACUGAGAGACAUUCUGGAGGGGCAAAGGUGAGGGAAGGGUGUGGUUGAAAUAAAUAAUGGAUGAGGGAGGAACAAAAUGUUUUAGGGAGAACUGAGACCUUUCAACACAACCCUGGGUUGAAGUACCACAAAUUAAGAUAAAAUACAGGGAAAAAAUAGUGUUUGUAUACUUUUCAUUUCAACCUUGACAGACUAUGAAAGCAUAUGACUUUCUUCAAGAUUGCUUGGGCAGCCUUCCUAACUACCAAAACUUGAUAGUAAAAACUAUUAAGUCAGCCAAAACAAGUAAAGGAAACAUAUAUGCUGACAAAACAUUGGUAAACCAGGGACAGUUCAAAUAUUAGUUAGCUUUUGGAACAAAAUCUUAAAAAAAAAAAAAAGAAGAAGAAGAAGAAGAAGAUAAAACUCCUUCAGCUAAGUCAACCAAGUUGUGGUCAUAGGUUACCUGGCAAGGCGGGAAGAGGGCUGAACCAACUUACUCUUUGCAAACACUGACCAAAAUUUGAUUACAUAAGAGUAACCCUUUGCAGUGAUUGAACACGAGUAGUAACAAUCCCAAGGUUGAAUUAAGAGGUUGUUACAAUGCCUAACCUUAAGCAUUUGCCUCUAACUGGUCUCACCAUUAAUUGGUUUUUGAAAUACAGUGAAUAUAGAACAUCAGAACUUUCCAUGUACAUGUGGUCAGUCAUGUGAGGGGGAGGGCAAUGUUUUAGGGGCUCUAUUUUUUUCAGUCUUUUAGAACUUUCUCAGGCUUCUUUCCCUUACUCCAUAAAACAAUCACAACAAAGACAAGUUCCUUUAGACCUUUGCAUUUAUAUGGGCUCAAAACAAUAACAGGUCAAACUAAAAAAGAUUAAGAGUAAACUCUGAUGGAUCCUGUUUUCUGCAUUUUCCUUAGGACAUCUGUACUCCUGACCCACCUCAGCUGUUUGUGGAUGGAAUGAGCAGCCAUGAUGUCACCCAAGGAAAACUUGGGAAUUGUUGGUUUGUUGCAGCAUGUUCCUCAUUGGCUUUGGAGCCAUCUCUGUUAGAGAAGGUCUGUAUAUCUCGGUAAUGUUAUGACAGUGCACUGCUUGUGGAGGUUGAUUGCAUGUGAAAGGUCAAGAUUGAAGGUUAAGAGCCCUGUGAAGCCUUAAUUUCUUUCCAUUCAUUUACUAUAUUGCUUUAACUGCAGGUUACCUGUGAAGAUCAAUUUAUCCCUCUUAUCAACCACGGAUCAGAUAUUUUAAAAUUUUUUGUGUUAUUUGUUUUAACCUGUUCAGGUGAUUCCAGAUAUAAAGCAUCAGGAGUGGGACCCUGAAAAUGUUGGUAAUUAUCAAGGAAUCUUUAGGUUCCGGUUCUUCCGUCAAGGUCAAUGGACUGAAGUUGUCAUCGAUGAUCUUCUACCAACAAUUGCUGGAAAACUGGUGUACAUCCACUCAACAGACAAGAAUGAGUUUUGGAGUGCCCUGGUGGAAAAGGCAUAUGCUAAGUAAGCAAAGUUUUUGGAAGUUAUUUAGAAAUAGCAGACUGUAAUACUCCAUAUGCCAAUGGAGUUGUGAAGUGAAAUUGGGUAACAAUUUUUUUUCUUUUUUAAGAAUGGCAGGUUCAUAUGAAGCAUUAGAAGCAGGUAAUACUGGUGAUGCCUUAGUAGAUUUCACUGGUGGAGUCUGUGAGUCGAUCAGCCUUAAGGAUGGAGGUUACAGUCAAGAUCAGGAGAAGAGACUGGUCUUGUUCAAAAGUAUGCAAAGAGCAAUGCGAGAUAAAUCCCUGAUUGGUGCUUCAAUAAGAGUAAGUGCUGUACAAACAGUGGGUGUGUACUUGCACAUUAUACAUGUAUACUAGUUGGAUUCACAAGGACCUAAAAACUUGAUUGGAAAAUGAAAGGAAUUAAAAUGAGCAUCGCAAUUACUUUUGGUUUCCCUUGUGAAAAUAUAUUCAAAUGUGAGAAAGUCUUAAUUAAUAAAAUGUGGAACUUAGUUGUGAUGUACAGGUUGCCUUAUAGUCAAUUAAGUCUUAUCUUGACAGGUAGCAAACGCUGGAGGUGUGUCAAGUAUUCACCCUUGCAAAGAAGUUUAUCAUAUGAACACAUCAAAAAUUUGAUAUUUUGACAUAUCCCUUUUUUUUACAAGAUCAAAAAUAGAGAUGAGAUGGAAAAGCGCACAGAGACUGGUUUAGUUAUGGGACAUGCAUAUGGUGUCACAGCAGUAAAGAAGGUAACUUCAACUUUUUAUCGUAUGGUAAUAGGUUAUAGUUGGUCAUCAUCAUCAUCUUUUAAAGUGUUAUUUAUCAUGAUGGUAAAUAACACUUCAAAAGAGGAAUAUAAUCUUUUCUCCCAUGAUGUGGUCACUUCUGAUGUCAGUGGAUUGCAACAUUUUGACUCAAUACUGCCAGUCUUCUUCAGGCAAUGAGGUUGAACAAAUAAAUGUUAUCCAUAUGCUGCUGUGCUCAGUUGUGAUUGGAUGUCAUUGUAUAGCUGUGAUCAGUACAUCUUAUGGAUCAGGUUCCCUGUGUUCUGUUGCUGCACUGCUCUCCUGCUGUUGUGUUUUUUGAUCAUCAGCAUUUAGCAAAUUGACUACAAACAAAUAAAUUAAAAAGCAAAGUAAGAAAAGAAUAACAGCAUUCUCAAACUGCAUGGUGACAAAGAUGUAGAUUCUAGGCUGCAGGACAUACAUUGUAUAUAUUCUAAAGAUAGUAACUUCAUUAGGUAUGGUUUGUUUAAUUCUCCACUCAGAGGAAAUUUUCAUAAAUACUGCAAUUUUUGGCAACUAGUCCUAGAAAAAGGUAACUUUGCGGUGAUUUACACACAACUAUAACAGAUAAAAUUGCAACCCACAUUCGGCCAUACAAUAUACUUGUUUCUUUCAGAUCACCAUCGGUGAGGGUCUUUUCAGUCUGUUCAAUCGACAACAUCUUUACAUGAUUCGUCUGAGGAAUCCUUGGGGUCAAAAGGAGUGGAAUGGACCUUGGAGUGAUGAGUAAUGAUGACUGAAAACUUAUUUAUUUUUUUUAAAUUGAUAUUUUAUAUUAUUCUUAUGAAAUAUUCUUGUUUAAAACUAUGAUAAGUAUCUUAAUUUAAUUAUUAUUUAUUACUAUUAAUCAUCUUGGUUUGAUAUUAUGCUAUACUAAUACUAGAACCAAAAAAAUAUAAUUACCAUUGUUAUUUAUUACAAAUAAUCACUACUGUGAGGGUUUAUUUGGAACCAAUAUAAUUACCAGUUCCCAAGUUGGCUUGUUAGCUCAGGUGGUAGAGUGCUGCACCAGUAUCACAGAUCACCACAACUUAAGUAGUGCUUAUAACUGCAAGGAUUGCUUCCAUAUUAGAAUUAUGAUAUCUAUUUUGAAUUCAUAAUUUUUAGCUCUGAAGAGUGGAAAAAGCUUAAAUCAAGUGAUAGAGAAAAGCUUGGGAUUGUCUUUGAGAAUGAUGGAGAGUUUUGGUUAGUGCAUGUACUCUUUUUUAACAUAUUUUACCCAUUACUUGGUAUUGUAGUUUUAGCAUAUCUUUGGCUUCUCUUCUUUACAUGUUUUGAAUUUUGUGCUCACCCAUAGUAAUUGUUUUUGUGUGGUUUUUCUUGUCUUUAGGAUGUCUUUUGAAGACUUCUGCUCACACUUCACCAAUGCCACCUUGUGCCAUGUCAUCAACACAUCAAUCUUUUCACUCUCAAACAGAUGGCAUGUGUUUAAACACAACUAUCAAUGGUCACCAGGCUCCACUGCUGGUGGGUGUGUUGAAAAUAGAAGCACUUUCCUGAAGAACCCACAGGUACAUAACAUUUUUUUUAUGAGCUUGAAUUUACCUGUGUGUUCUUUCAUUUAGUUUAUUUGGUAAUUGAAGAAAUGUUCAUGUUUUUACCCAGAGCUUGCACUUUUUUUCUGUUGGAGAACCCAAGCCUUGUAAUAGACAUUUCUUGUUUCUUAGCUAGAAAAUGUUCUCACACAGUGCUCUCUCCACCCAUGUACAUGUAAAUGAGUAGCACCAAACCAUCAGGGGAACCUGAAGAAAUGUUAUGGGGGAGGGGGGGGGAAGAGAGGGGUCCGGGAGCAGGAGGUUACCUGAAAUGAGUGAGACUUAACAGAUAUGAGCACCAGUAGCUUUGAGUCAUUUGGCUUGACGACUUAAGUGUCUUUGCAUUUUUCUGAUUAUCACAACUUCUUGAGGUCCUGCAACUACUAUCAAUUGAACGUUUGAUUUUGUCAGUAUGCUUUCACUGUCAAAGAGGAGGGAGAAGUGAUGAUCUCGCUGAUGCAGGAAGACACAAGAAAAGCGAAAGAACAUGGCGCAGAAAAUCUCACCAUUGGAUAUUUUGUCAUGAAGGUAACACUGCUAAAACAGCUAUCAAUUAUCUGGGUGACAUCUUUUCAUUUCUGAUUAUGCAAACCAUAUUUGUUAGAAUUCGUUUGUUGCCAGUCAAAUAUUUGUCAUUUUGCGGUUUGUCUUAAUGCCUAUCAGUCCCUAUCUUCGUGACGACUGUCAGUUGAUUUUUUCUGCCACAAUGUUUGUUUAUGUGUUUUUGACUGCUAUACUACCACCUACAUGUGCAUGUCCGUCAGUUUGUGUGAUCAUAAUUGGUGUACGUUUACAAUGUGUUUCGGUAUCGGUGUUUCUAUUUGUCUGUGUAUUUCUGUGCCUGUCUGCCUUUUUGGUUUCCUCGCUUAGUCAUUUUUCUGGCCUUCGAUUUGACUAUCCUGUACUGUUUUCGCUUGUCGGUCUGUGUGUGUUUACUUGUCUGUCUGGCUGUUUGUCUAUCUGGUACAGGAGUACGUUUACGUACGUAUGUUCAGUUUUGAGUCGUUUGGUCAUUUUCUGUCCAUUUUUGCCAGCCCUCAGUCUCAUUGUUUCGCCCUUAGGUGGAAGAGAACAGAAAGUAUCGGUUACAUACGAUGUUUGAAAAAGCUGGAGAUUCUAUCUUCAUCAACGCACGAGAAGUGGUGAACAAGUUUCACUUUAAGAAAGGAAGAUACGUGGUGAUACCAUCCACAUACGAGCAAAAUAAAGCUGGGCAAUUCCUGAUGAGAAUAUUCACUGAAAAGUCCUCAAAAGCUAUGUAAGCAUCCUUCUACCUACCUUGGUACCUGAUGCUGACCAACUGUCCCAAAAUCAAUGUUUUCAUCUCUGUUAUUUGCCUAUUUUUGUAGGUUUCUAAACCAGGAGCACUCCACCGGAAGUAAAAUAUUUUGCUGCUUCCCACAGUGUCGUACUCCUGUCUGCGUGCUUUCCGUUACCGUUAAAUCAGCUGGUGGACUUCAAAAAACCAGCAGACUAUCAAUGAGUAAGAUAACAAAGUGUUAUUGCCAGUAGUGUAAGAGUUAUCGGAACACUAACAGCUUUGUUACUAGUUACAAACAUUGUUGAAUUCAGUAUGUGGUUUAAAUUGAGCAGCAACACUCGGUAGUCCUUUUUAAUGAACGUCACUUUUAUGGGUGACACAUCCGUUGCGAACUCAUGCAUCGUUCCCGAUGCGUUCAUAACCUCGCAUGGUGAGGGAUCUCUUUUUAACUGGGGCCCUUUCCGUGGACUAGUGUAUACUUUUUAUCGGAAGGAACCCAUUUCGGUAUCAUCACCGCACUCGUCACCGUUAUUACCAUUGUUCCCCGAGGUCACGAUGCAGCGAGGCGUUAAGAGCCUGUUUUCAUAAAAGAAUCAGGCUCUAAAGAGUGGUGUUUUAAGCUUUCUUAAAAGUCAAUUCGAUUUCCCAGUAAGUGAAGCGUUUUCUUAAAUUUAAUCGAAUUGUAUAUUAUUAUUUUAUUUCUGAUAAUUGCUUUUUUUAUUUUGUAAUAAUUUCAGCACCUGAUCCAUACGCCACGAUCAGCUGUGAGGGACGGAAAGUCAAGACUCCUGUGCAGAAAGACUCGUUGAAUCCACAAUGGAAUACUGGCGCGCUUUUUUUUGUCAGAAGACCUCAAAAAUCUCGCUUGGUUGUACAGGUAAGGAUUACUAACAAGUGGUCGUACUCAUUGCUUCAUCAUUUACUCGUCAGUAGAAUUUGAUGACGGUUUAGAGAUUUUUAAUUUAGUAUAUUGUCACACCUUUUUCUGUGUCGUAGGUCUUCCUCAAGAGAAUUAUACUUAUUCAAUAUCUCCCCCCCCCCCAAAAAAAAGUCGUGUAUUUUCAUAGUUCUCCUAUGUAGUGAAGCUUUCGUGCUUUGAAAGAAAUUUCGUCAUCAACAUGGCCGUUGCGUGACAGUGGGUACAAGUACUUAUGUGGGUGUCUUUCUCGUCGUUUUUUCAUUUAGGUGUGGGAUUACAACUGGUUCUGGGACUCGUUCAUGGGUCAAGCUAAGAUAGCAAUUGAUAUUAACAACAAAGCCGUGACAGAAACACAUCAGCUGAUGGGAAGAAGACGAAAUCACCAAGUACAAAUGCCGGGUGUUGUCACCGUGGAGGUCAAAUGUUACCAGGAUCUGCUUGCCAUCUAAUUACAUGAAUUGUAUUGUUUUGUUGUGAAUGAUAGAUCUUAUUAAUGCCAGCUCUUAUCUGACCGAAGAGAAGUAGUAAGGAGUUAAGUCUACUCGGCGCUCUCCAUUUAUUAGUUGUGGUCGCAUAUUAGGACGUAGUUCCUGUAGAAAGUAGACACUGACGUAACGCAGGUACGCGCGUAUUAGUUCCAAUACCGCGCUUUUCUUCUUCUUUUUUUCUUUAUUUUGUUUUCUAAGGUGACUGUCACCUGUUUCUUUGGCGCGAGAUUUCAAACCCGAAGAACCAAAAACAAAUAAGGCAGUGUGUAGCCUUUUUCUGUCAUGAUUACCUUUUUUGAUAAUUAUUUAAAACCUUUUAGGCUUUUGCCAUAGUAACUACAAACGACACGAUAACACUCGAUUUGGACAGACUUUAACUUAUUUAACUCAAACCUAUGAAAAACGUGGAAACUGGUUCGAGCUCCCUUCGUACCAAAGAGCCGGAAUUGGAGAUGAGCAGAGAUUGACACUCAAAUUUCAACCCAUUCGUGAAUAGCCGCACUGGCGCUUGAAUAUAUAAGGAUCCUAGUAUAUGAAAUGACGGGCUAGUCUGGCCUGAGCCAGGUACCUCAUUUCGGAUAGGGAUGGGGCUGAAUAAUUCAGCACUAGUAAAAAGGGAAACUUUUUGCGAUUAUCAUAUGAAGACCUUUGUGUAAUAUUUUCUAUGACAUAAAGCCGCAGUGCAAUAUAUAGAAAAUUGGCAUGCUUUUAAAUUAAAGGAUUCUCUAAGGGAAAUUGUUCAUAUUUCGGACAACAGAUAUCGUUGACAAACCACGAUCUAGAACAGUAUUUCGUUGUUGAAACAACUGGAGUUCGUGUAAUUCAUAACACUUUUGAUGAAUCAUUAAUAUUCUAUCUGACACGAUUUUUGUAAGUGGAGGGGCAACUUUUGAUAAUCGUUUUUGUAAAAGUUAAAUCAAAACUAUUUUUCUAGUCGCCAGGAAAGCAUUACAAACCGCACUUAUUAACAGUUAUUUUAUUUCCUAGUUAAACGCCAGGUACUUUCAUUGACUUGAGCUGGGCAUUGGAAACGCAAUGAGCGAACUUGAGCUCUCUCGCUGAAUUACAGCUUCGCUGGUUUCUAAUGAAUAGUUGUAUGAAAUAUUUCACCGGCAUGCUAAAUGCUUCUAGGAAGAUAAUGUUUACUUAUCUUAGAAGUGUAAGCUCGUAUACCGUAGCUAAUAUAUUUCUAAGCUUUUAUGUGAGAUAUAACUUAUUUUGAAGUAUUUAACACACACUACAAACUUUAUUAGACACUUUUACACAAAUGAUACAAAAGAAAAGCAAGAACCUUAAAUGGUGUGUACCAGUGAAAAGUUUUGCCAUUUUUAUUACAGAUGACAAAAGAUCGAAAUUUUACAGCUACCAAAUUGCAAACGAAGAAAAAACUAUCGUUACGACCGCAAGUUUGUUGUAGUAAAGGGAGGAGUUGGUUAGUUCUUUAAAUUUUUUCUCUAUACUACUAUCGUAAGACUUUUGUAACACUCUUAUGUGGAUUGGGGAAUUAAUGAGAAAUAAAUUUUCAAAUUCGAAGUGAACCGUGGAUGUUUCCAAUGAUUAAACGAAAGAAGGAAAAGAGCCGCGCGCGUGACAUGCAUGUACGCGACUGUGAUUGAUACAAGUGGAGAUUUCUGCGUUAAUUUGCGCUGUUAAAGAAGCUGUGACAUAGUAUUUCGUUUCAUUGAUAUGAGGUUCUUUAGCAUAAGACAGAGAGUAUUUGUUUUAGAGGUGAAAUCUCUCAUAAUCGUCCAAUAACCAGUCUUUAUGAAGUUUACUCCGCGAGAUGGUGGUACGAUCUGAGGUAAUGUUGUAGGUACACUGUUACCAGCGAAAUUACGAGGGUGGGGAUAUGAGCCUUAAAGAGAUCUCUCUUAAACUGAUGACUGAUGUAAUAUUUCAUACUAACUCUUCUUAUGAGUUCAUUUUCGAAGACAAAGCAAGAUCGAUUUUUUAAAUAGACUCGACCCAGGCCCUUCUGUGCGCCAUCAUCCAUAAAAACCCCGAUGAUGUUACCUACUAACAAAAUCAAAAUUUUGACACACUUUACGCCUCUAUGAAUCCAGUUAAGCGUGAAAUCGUAUCUGUUUGAGCUAUGGUAAAGCUGCAUUAUUUCAAGAACCAGCGUUACAGCAAACUCAAGUCACAAUGCGAAAAGGAAGAGCGCCUGUUCGAAGAUCCCGAAUUUCCAGCGAACGAUAAAUCGAUAUUUUUCAGCCGUGCACCGCCAGAACAAAUCGUUUGGCGAAGACCUAAGGUAUGGUUAAAGCCCUUUUAGUCCUUGGUCUAUUUUCAGCUUCAUUCUAUGCUUCAAGAAAAGUAUUAAAGUAUUGAAUAAUCCUUGAAUUUCCUUGUAGACAUGUAGGACCAAGGCUGUUUCAGUUGUUGAUUAUACUUAUCACGGAUGUCACCUUGUUACACGAACUUACCGUUCUUACUCAGAUUAUCUCGCUUAGAAAAGUAAAGAAAGCCCUCCUUCUUAAUUAAAUUUGAAAAAAAACUUCUAAUCCGAAUAGAUUUUGACGGAUAGAACGAAAUUGUCAGGGAAGGGAACAAUCUAGCAAUGUUGCCAACGCAACUAAAUGGGGGUUUAUUGUCCAAGUUAAACUUUUUAAAUUAGCAUAUAUAGUUCUUUUAAAAACAAAAGGCCUUAAUGUUAAGAUAGCUCGCUCUAACGAGCAAUGCUUGAAGAGUGAUUUACAACCCAACAUUCGUAAGAACUUCUUGUCAGAUUUCAAGCUUAAGGUUUGUAUAAUUUUGUUAGGGCGAUAUGGAAAGUACGUUUUGUUUUGAAACUUAUUGUAAACCCAAUAGUGGCGAGCGCUUCGUUGAUUCAGACAAUCACAUGAAUAUUGAACAUAACACAACUCACGCUAGAGUGAUUGAGAAAUAUGAUGAACGCUUCAGGUGGUCUGGAAAUUAGACUACCAUUUUCCAAUUCCUCAGGUUCAACGAAAAUUUAAUGUUAUUUCAUACUUUAGAGUGGAGUAAGUGUCUAAUUUCACAAGUCUCUUUAGUUUCUAUUCCAAACUAUUUACCAAGUCUCCGUCGAGAUAAUAACGUCAUAACAGACUUCACAGGGAGGUAGAAGGGGGUGAAUGUUCUACAUUGAAUAAGUAUACAAAGUACUCAACAAAAAAAAUCGAUUGGUACUUGAACUAUUUAAAUUUUAUCUUCUUUAAUAGAGACGUAAACACAAAACACUUAACGAUCAAGUGUUGAUCAAUGUUAUUUCAGCCACCCGUUUGAUAAUUCAAAUAUUUACUUUUCAAGGUCAGUUGUCAGUUUCUAUAAUAAGGUGCCAGUUGACAAGUCGAGCCAUUUUUCAAUUGAUUCUUGGAAUGAAGAAUUUCUAAAUCAAGAGGCAAAAUAAUGAUUUAAGAAGAUAACAUUCAAGAUCGGUCAAUUCAUGGGUUUUCUAUCACUGCUUCAUGUCUGAGUCAAACAUUAAAAAACUGAUUUCCUAAUUUUUUCGCACUCAAGGGUGUAGCUGAGAAAGGAACGGAUCCUUGGCUGCUUUGAUUCCCACCACGACUCUUUCUUAAAGAACAAAUGAUAAUCAUUUUAUGAUUACGAUAAUAGUACGAUAAUAAAACGUUUUCAAGACUUCAAGCCCUCAUCUCCACUUAGAUCAGUAGAAGCUGAACAAAAAGGAGACGUCAUACUACAAAAACAAGAAAGUUUACCACGCUCCUAUGUAUGGAAAGUAGAGGGUUUGACAAUUUUUCUCUGUUACCGGGAGCCCACUCUUGCUGUUACAAAUUAAUUUGCAUAACUUUAAGGAAUCUUAAUUGAUUAGGCGGCAUCCUGCACGCGGUUAUAAAGAAAACCAAUAUGUUGUUUACACCUAACGUUAGAGACGGUGUCAUAUCAGUAUUCUUGGCUAGAAUAUUCAAUUUAUCAAAUACAUUUGUCAUUUUUAAUUAGGACAUUUGCGAGCCAGAUCCUCCAAGCCUGUUUGUUGACGGAUCAAGCAGACAUGACAUCACACAAGGAAAACUUGGAAACUGUUGGUUUGUGGCAUCAUGUUCAACUCUGGCCCUGGAACCUUCACUCUUGGAAAAGGUAUACACUUGACUGAAAAGAGUUUAACACAAUGCUAAAUGUGACUGGCCUUAUACUCAAGUCUAUCUCACGGAUAAAACCUCCUGAGGACGGUUUAAAAAGGGAAUAAUAAUCAUAUACUGAAAUUCGCCUGAGGCUGGAUCAAAUAAGUAAGGUGGCUUGGAAGGGAGAUAGGCUGGAAAAGACAAAUAACUUGCUAAAGAUAUUGUUCAGUUGGUAUUGGUGGGAAAGCGAAACCGGAUUUCCUACAUAAUGUUCAGAGCGCAAGGCUAGGGAACGAAAAUCCGGGUUCGAGCUCUGACUGGGGAUUUGUGCUGUGUUCUUAGAAAGACACUUAAUUGUUACAAUGCUUUACCCCACAAAAGACUAUAAAAGUAUCUCGGCAAAUCUUUACGAAAAAACUUGACGCAGAGAGGGGAGGGGGGAGAGUGAUGGGUUAGCAUCCAAUAAUACUUCACCGGCAGAAACAAGGGAUUAACUCAGAAGACCGUUAGUUCAGUCUUUCAGACAAGACAAACAGCUACUGUCAAAGAAAAAAUGUUCGGCCGAGCCUAUGCUUAGAGAAAAGUAAAUGCUUGAGGAACACGACUUCUACAUGGUCUGCCACUGUAAAAUAACUAUUAAUCGAAAGCAAAAAAGAGAGAAAAAAAAAAAGGCACUUUGAUGUGAUCCUGGUAUUCCUUUAUAACUACGCUAGGUUAUUCCUGACAUGAAGAACCAAGAGUGGGAUGUAAAAGACGUUGGAAAGUACCAGGGGAUCUUCCGGUUCCGGUUUUGGCGUCAGGGUGAGUGGACUGAAGUGGUAAUUGAUGAUCUUCUUCCUACAGUUUAUGGCCAAUUGGUCUUCGUCCACUCCUCGUUGAAGAAUGAGUUCUGGGGAGCGUUACUUGAGAAGGCUUACGCCAAGUAAGUGAGAGUAUUAUUGGUAACGACUACAUUUUAACUUCAAAACUGUGAUUGUUUUAAAACACGGUUUUGCUACGAUAACGAUUAGAGAUGUUUUGAUAAGCACCUCAAAGCAUUUUUAUCUAAACGCCAAGUUGAAUAAUCUUUAGUAAAAUAAUGAAAACCACAAGAGCUCAGUAAAAACCGUCAGUAGCUUGCACACGAGAUUUAUUCAAAUACAUUUCAGACUGAGCGGAAGUUAUGAGGCUCUGGAAGCAGGCAAUAUCGCCGACGCUCUGGUCGAUUUCACAAGCGGGGUAUGUGAGUCAAUUAACCUUAAAGACGCGAACUACGAUGACGAUGAAAAGAGAAGACUGGAAUUUUUCAAAAGCAUGCAGAAAGCCAUGGAUAACAGUUCUCUUGUUGGCGCUUCAAUCUCGGUAAACACUCUUUCAAUGUUGUUAUCGUGUCUCUCUUGUUUAUGUGUUUAUUAAUCUGUGCAUCUAUUUCAAAUCGAAUUGUUUUACUUUUUUAAGGCCAAGAGCCAUGAAGAAAUGGAAGAACGUACAGAGACUGGUUUGGUAAAGGGACAUGCAUACGGAGUUACUGCGAUAAAAAAGGUAAGUAAAUUUUGGCGCCUCAGGCAAGGUAAUUUUACUCGUCCGAUGAGAUGAUAACAAACGAAUUCUGUAAAUAUAGCGCCUUCUUAUAUCAAAAUGUUUUGUUUGCUCGUUGCUUGUUUUAGUUUUUUUACGGUGAAAUUUUGAUUUUGUUUUUGAUUUUUAAUCAUUUUCUUUGCUUUUUUUUCUAAUUUUUUUUGAAGAUCACCAUUGGUCAAGGCUUAUUCAGCUUGUUUAAUCGAGAGCAUCUCUACCUGAUCCGACUUAGAAAUCCCUGGGGACAAAAAGAAUGGAAUGGCGCGUGGAGUGAUGGGUAACAAGCAUGAAGUCAAUCUUUGGCUUGAAAAAACUUAGUUGUAUGGUCUAGUUUUUGUUAUGAGACGUCCUUUUGUGUUUUGUGUUUACAUAGUUCAGAGGAGUGGAACAAGCUUGAAGCACAAGCAAGGAAGAAGCUAGGGAUUGACUUUGAAGAUGAUGGCGAGUUCUGGUCGGUUUGAAAAUACCAUAACGAUGAUGCAUGCGAAAUUUUUUAACCUGUUAACAUAUCAAUAAUAAAUCAUAACAGGUGUUUUCCUAGACAGUGUUUACCAGGCUUUAGGCCUUUAAUUUCCCAUUGUAGCGAACAAAUGAUUCUAGGAACUCCUUUUUUUACACCCCAUGCUCUAACAUGCCAUGUCACUAUUCACUCGUCAUAUGUACUAUCAUUUUGUUAUUUUUAUUAUCAUUACCAAAAUUGUUGAUGUUGUUUUUUGGGGGUUAUUUCCAAACAUUCCUGUACGCAUUUCUAUAGAACUUCCUGUCGAAACCGGUUGUUUCAAUUUCUGCCAUAUUUUUCAAUUUUUUCACAGGAUGUCGUUUGAAGAUUUCUGCCGUUACUUUUCCAAAGCCACCAUGUGUCACUUGAUGAAUACAUCAAUAUUCUCUUUAUCUAAGCGAUGGCACAUUUUUAAACACAAAAACGAAUGGAAGCCCGGUUCAUCUGCGGGAGGAUGCGUUACCAACCAAGCCACAUUUUUCAAGAAUCCACAAGUAUUGAAAAUAAUUUGAUUAGUCUCAUACAAUGGGCCAUGCCUCACUGGACAUCAGCUAGUAAAUCACCUCCCACUUCAACCUUAAUCCUUUAACCCUAGGAAUGACAAGCAUCUUAUUUCUCCGUCACGAGAAUAAAUCAAUAGAUCACCAACUAAAGAAGGUCUUGAUUGUUAAACAAAUUCUCCUUGUCAGCACCAUAGGAAAUGUAUAGAGAACAGUGUGGAGAAUAUGCAUAUUGAUGUUUGGGUGUAAAGGGUUAAGUUGCUUCUGUCUACCUACAACUUCAAAACUGACAAGCGCCUCCCUGAACGUUUCCUUGCAUAUUGAAGCUUCCCCAAAUAUCAUCACCACAAAUUUCCAUGUUUGCGUCCUUAGUACGCUUUCAGCAUAAAAGAUGAUGACGCGGGAGAGGUAAUGAUAGCACUGAUGCAGGAAGAUACGAGGAUUGAUAGAGAUGAAGGCGGAAAGAAUCUAAGUAUUGGAUAUUACGUUAUGAAGGUAUUAAGUUUAUAAGAGUAGAAACGUUUUCGGUUAUCUACCAGUCGAUAGCUGUUAAUCAGAACCAGGGGAAAAGAAGGUCUUCUUGACAGCGAUAAUAUUUGCGUUCAGGAAAGCUUGCUUGCAGAAUGUCUGCGCAGGAUGCUGAAUAAAUAAAAAAGAAGGAGAAGAACAGGAAAAAAUUUAAAAACUGAAAUGAAGAUUUCAGAAAAGGAAAUACGUCGUACCAUAAAAAAAAGAUAUAAUUUUUUUAUCUAUGAUAGAUUUUGAGGCGUUUCUAAAUAUCAGCCAACUUGUAAAUUAGUACAGUUUCCUUAGAAACUUGCCCCUUUAGUAAAUUAGAAGUGGUUAGACGACUUUAUGAUUAUAGCAUAAAAUGAUAUAGAAAAGGACCUUCUCCUCAGCAGCAAAUUUUGGAAAAUUAUUUUCUUUUCAAACCCAUAGUCGUGACAAAAUAUACUGAUAUUCACCACUGAUUUAUCUAAUUAUGUUAAGGUGGAAGAGAAUCGUGACUACCGUUUACAUGUACUGAUGGAGAAAGCCGCUGACUCUAUAUUCAUAAAUAUGAGGGAAGUGGUUAACAGGUUUCAGCUGAAGACGGGGAGAUAUGUUGUUAUACCAUCAACAUAUGACCCACAUGUGGCUGGGAAUUUUAUGCUGAGAAUCUUCACUGAGAAAUCUUCUAAUGCGAGGUAUGUAACUCGAGGAAGCUUUUGUGUGCAAAUACUAUCCCCAGUUACUUUAGAAAGCCCGGGGCGUAGAUUGGGAGUUAUUAGAAAAACACAGUUUAAGUUGUGGCACCUUUGUAUAUAUCAAGGAAAAAGAAAGAGUGAAACAACGAUUCGAAUAAAAAAGAAAUUGGAACCAAAUAAAACGAGAAAAAAGAAACAAAUAGCUUGCUUAUCAGUGAAAGGAAAUAUAGUUUUCCAGACGUACGAAACGCUUAUCUUUUCAUUAGUUUGUUUGUUGUGUCGUUUUGGUUUCAGCCAUUUAGCUCUCUGUAUGUCGAUGCAUUGCUGCGCUCCAUUGCAGUCAUUUCCUGGGUCAGAAUCGUUUUAACUGACAUGGAAUCUACGUCUACAAUUUUAUUAGGAAACCACUGGCGUGUUGAUUGUGGGCAAAAGAUUAAAAACUCUUGGUAUGGGGUAUCACAUGACAUGCCGUGUUCCUAACCCUUUCAUCCCUAAGAUCUCACUAGUAAUUCUCCCUACUGUUUGCCAUACACUUAUUAUGAUGUUAGGUCGGAGAGUUUGAUACUGGAUCAACUAGUAAUCCAUAAUUCAUAUUUUCCUUUUUUCUCUUCACUUGUGUACUUGAUGUUGUAUUGAUAUUGUUAGGAGAAAUUCUGUCUUGGUCACUCAUGGGAGUUAAAGGGUUAACUUGUCCUGUUGAUUUUUCGUAGAGCAUUAGUAAAGGAUCAUCCCAAGAGAAGUAACAUUUGCUGCUGCAUCCCAAGAUUUCGCACCCCUGAUUGCAUCCUGUCUGUUUUUGUAAAGUCAGCGGUUGACCUCCAGAAGAGAACGUUACUAAGUGAGGAUGUUACCUUAAUCAGAUAUAGGGCAUAUAGAUGGCAAAUAAAUCUCAUUUUUUAAAAGUAACGGUCCAGCCAUCUUUAAAAACACUAGCAGCAACUCUUAAACCUCAGAUGAAUUGGCUGCAGAGGCAUAGCUUCAGUCAGCAAGAGCAAUGGCUGAAUUCAAAUCCACAUUCCUGUAACCUAUUAAACUGCUCACCGAUUCAAUUCUGUUCAGAUAUAAAGUUGAAAUCUCCACCCUGUAUAAAUGAAAUAGCCUUCGAUAUCAGUGGCCAGUUUGUAUGUAUACGAAAUUCGUACAUAGUAGCGAAAAAAAUCUAAAAAAGAACGAGAAUAGUUAAGAAUGGAUAGCAUAAACAUGACCUGAAAAUAACUAACUUUAAUAGUAUGAACUAGAUUUUUCAGAAGUUUAGAAAGCUGCUUUGAAUGAUCGAAAUAAUUAUCAUUGUGCAAUGAAAAUUUAAAGAGAAAAAUUAUGUAGCAUUUGAUUAUUUCUAUUUCUUUCCUUCUUUCUUUGUUCAAAUGUUCUAUCAGGCGUUGAUCCUUACGCCCUGAUCAAGUGCGAGGGAAACACUGUCCGAAUUCCAACAGUGAAGGACACACGAAACCCGGUGUGGAAUUCAGCUGGUGCUUUGUUUUACGUCAAGAGACCCAAGAAAACGCACUUGGUAGUACAGGUUGGUCUCAACUUACCAACAAUUCUUCGAUAAAUAGCGGGGAGAGUGUGGAGAGAAUCAGGGUGGUAUUAGCUUGGGAUGAACCGAGUUAACUGCAAAAAGUCUUACCUGGUCCAAGCCUCAGUGAGCGUUGCUACACAGUUGUCUUUGGAGUUGUUAUUGCUGAUGUUAAUAAUGUCUGUAUGCUUGUUGCCUGCCCAGAUGGUGCGAGUAUUUCUUAAUUUUGUUUCACUUUACAAUCACCAUCAUCAUCAUUACCAUUGUUCUUAGUAUCGUAACUAUUAAUUUUAUAUUAUUAUCAUUAAUUUCUAUUUUCAGUCUUUUUACUAUUGUGUUGCUUUCCAGAUUUGGGACAACAAUGCGUUCUGCGACUCCUUCCUCGGUCAAGCAAAAAUGAGGAUCGAUAUUAACAACAGAACAGUAGUACUAUCACAUCAGCUGAUGGGCAGAGGACGGAAACACGACGAAAAGAUGCCUGGUGCUGUCACACUAGAAAUUGCUUGUUAUCACGAUCUAAAGGCUGUUUGAUUUCAGUGCGCCUUCAGAAAAAAUGGUCAUGGAAGAUAUGGGCAGUUCCGCAAUCCUUAACAGUACGGAGAAAAUCAUCAAAUUCAAAAGGAAUAGGCUCAAGGAAAAUUAUGGAGGCUGCAUCAUUCAAACGUAUUCGCUCUCAGUUCAGGUCUAUGGUGUUACGCUUGCACACGUAACAAAUGUACACACACGAAAACGACAAUGCUCCGGCUAGCUUAGCUAUUAAUGUAUUUUACUUCUUAUCAAGUCUGUUCAGGUUCUUGUUCCCCAAUUGCCGAAACCGUUAUUGCUGUCUCCUUUAGCAUGAAGGAUGCGCUUAUAAAGCCCUCUUAAUUCUACACAUACUCCGAUUCCAGAGUGUAACUCUAUGAAACCAGACUUGGACAAUGACGCUCCGGUACGGUUGAUUUCGGGCUGAAACGGUAGUCAAUUAAACCAUGGAAAAAAGUAUUAUGGUCUCUUAAAGAUGGUUCACCGAUCUCUUCCUCGUUGUUAUCAUGUGCUUGAACCUUAAUCGUCGAUUUAACUUUGUGUUUAUAAGAAUCCUUUUUAUAAUAGUUAAAUCAAAAUGUACUACUCUGCUUGCAGAAAAACUGAUUGAUAAAAUAAGAAAAUAGCCAUAUUACAAUGCAAAACACAAAUUUAUUAACGAGAGUAAA